UAUAUUGUAGAUACCUAAAUUAAUCUCUCAAUCCCUUCGAUCUUAUUCUUUUUCAUUCCGAAAAGCUAGCCACCAAUGGCUACUACUCCUGGAUUUCUCACUGAUUGGCCAUGGAAAUCACUUGGCAGCUUUAAGUACGUGGUACUGGCUCCAUGGGUCGUCAAGAGUACAUACGACUUUGUGACUGCAGAUGCUAAUGAUCGAGAUUAUGGACUAGUGUUAAUUUUCCCCUUUCUCUUAUUUCGAAUGCUGAACAACCAAUUAUGGAUUUCACUAUCUCGUUACAAAACGGCUAAAGGCAAAAACAGGAUCGUCAACAAGACUAUCGAGUUUGAACAAGUUGAUCGUGAAAGAGAUUGGGAUGAUCAAAUAAUAUUCAACGGGCUAUUGUACUAUGUGGGACUUUAUUCGUUAGCCGAAGCUAGACAUAUACCUUUUUGGAGGCUAGAUGGAGUGAUCAUUGUAACUUUGCUACAUACCGGUGUCGUCGAAUUUCUCUACUAUUGGCUCCAUAGAGCGCUCCACCACCAUUAUCUCUACAGUCGCUAUCAUUCUCAUCAUCAUUCGUCGAUUGUCACCGAGCCCAUCACAUCUGUCGUUCAUCCGUUUGGAGAACACAUAGCCUACUUCACACUAUUUGCGAUACCAUUAUUGACCAUAACCUUAACAAAGACAGCGUCAAUAGUUGCAUUUGCUGGCUAUGUGACCUACAUUGAUGUCAUGAACAAUAUGGGCCAUUGCAAUUUUGAGUUAAUCCCAAAAAUAGCUUUCUCCAUUUUCCCUCCUCUCAAGUACAUCAUGUAUACUCCAUCGUAUCACUCUCUCCACCAUACUCAAUUCAGAACAAACUAUUCACUCUUCAUGCCAUUCUACGACUAUGUUUAUGGCACACUUGACAAAUCUACCGACACAUUGUACGAAAGAUCACUUGAACAAAAAGAAGAAUCACCAAAUGUGGUACAUUUGACACAUCUAACAACACCCGAAUCCAUUUACCAUCAAAGGCUUGGUUUUGCUUCCUUGGCUUCGAAACCUUACACUGCUCCCAAAUGGUACUUGCGGAUGCUAUGGCCCGUGACGAUAUCAUCUAUGAUCAUCACUUGGAUUUAUGGCAAAACUUUUGUGGUCGAAAGAAACAUUUUCAACAACCUCAUUGUUCAAACUUGGGCCAUACCAAAAUACAAAAUACAAUAUUUCAUGGAAUGGCAAAGAGAGGCCAUCAACGGCUUGAUCGAGGAAGCAAUACUAGAAGCCGAUAGGAAAGGUGCCGAGGUCUUAACUCUUGGUCUACUCAAUCAGGCGGAUGAGCUAAACAGAAGCGGCGAGCUAUUCAUAAGAAGGAAUCCAAAAUUGAAAGUGAAGGUGGUGGAUGGGAGUAGCUUAGCAGUUGCAGUGGUUUUGAAUAGCAUUCCUAAAGGCACAACUGAAGUUGUUAUAAGGGGCAACUUUAACAAGGUUGCUUACUCCCUUGCCCUAGCUCUAUGCCACAAGGGAAUUCAGGUUGCAAUAGCUAGACAAGGGGAUUAUCAAAAGGUUAAAUCAGAGUUGGAAUCAAUCGAAAAUCAAGACAAGCUGAUUCUUUCAAGAACAUACUCACAGAAGGUUUGGUUGGUGGGAGAUGGAUUAAGCAAAGAAGAAGAGUUGAAGGCAUCAAAAGGAACACUAAUCAUUCCUUACUCUCAAUUUCCACCAAACAAAGCACACAAGGAUUGCUUUUACAAUACCACUCCUGCCAUGUUAACUCCUAAACAUCUUGAAAAUGUUGACUCUUGUGAGAAUUGGUUGCCAAGAAGGGUGAUGAGUGCAUGGAGAAUAGCUGGGAUAUUGCAUGGCUUAGAGAAAUGGAAUGUGAAUGAAUGUGGAAAUGAGAUGUUCGACAUUGAUAGAAUUUGGCAAGCAAGUCUUCAACAUGGCUUUACUCCUCUCACCAAAUCACUAAACUAGAAAAACUACUAUUUUUUUUUACUUGAUCGAGAGUACUUGGGUUAAUCUGUUUUUACAGCACGGUUAAACAUAUAAACUUAAUGAUAUGGGACAGACAAAUAUUAUGCAAAUUCGUAUUACUUUUAUAUGCUACAUGAUGCAUGUGUUCGUAUGCGUGUGUUGUUCAUAAAUAAGGUCUAUGUUUUCUUGAAUUAUUAAAAUUUGUGACUUUGUAUUCUGUACGCUGUGACGUUCUAUAUUUAGUAAGAAGGGCCGGAUACGAACCUGUGCAAGUUAAGCAAAAUGUACAUGGCCCAUUAUCCUAAAAGAGCCCAAAUUUUUUCGAU